AUGAAUCAACGAUUUCGAUUUGACAACCAAACUGUGGUUGUGACAGCAGCAGGCAAUGAGUUGGGCCAAGCUUAUGCUCGCUUUUUUGCCUCGAGAGGAGCAAAUGUGAUUGUUAGCGAUUCUUAUAAAGAAGCAAGUGAAAUCCCGGGAGCUGCAGACCAAGUGGUGCAAGACAUCCAAAGAACCGGUGGAAGAGCCGUUGUCAACCACGACGUUGUAACAGAUGGAGAGAAAAUAGUACAAAGUGCCAUUGAUGCUUUUGGCCGCAUUGACGUCCUGAUCAAUAACGCCAGUCUACCACGGGACAUCGAGUUUGAGCACAUUCACGACGUCGAUUGGGACCAAGCCAAUGCCACUCUGCUAAAAGGUGCAUUCAAAUGUACACGCGCAGCCUGGCCAUACUUCAGGAAGCAGAAAUACGGUCGAGUAAUCUUUUCUACCUCCACAGCUGGACUUUAUGGAAGCCCUGGGCAAAGCCACUCUGCUGCUAUGGGCUCUGCACUGGUCGGCUUUGGCCAGACAUUGGCUGGGGAAGGGGCGAAAUACAACAUUCUAAGCAAUAUCAUUGAUCCGUUAAUCGCUGCCCCAACAACUGGGGGUCAUCUGUCCUGGAACACCCAGUCCGCGGAAAUAGCACAGUCCGUUAUUCCUUUGGUUGCAGUUUUGGCGCAUUCCACCACCUCCGAGAACGGCUCCGUUUUCGAUGUAGGUGGAGGCUAUAUGGCCAAGUUACGCUGGGAACGUUCCUCAGGACUACUUCUACAGGCAGGCGACACCCUCACUCCUGGCGCCCUUCUCAACAAGUGGGACAAGAUUGCCGACUUUACCCAGGCGGAGUAUCCGACCGGCCCAGUCGAUAUGAUUAAGAAACUUGAGGACGCAUCGAAACUGAAGAGCAAUGAUCCAGGCGAGGCUAUCAGGUUCGACGGCAAAGUCGCAGUUGUGACCGGUGGCGGUGCAGGUCUAGGAAGAGCCUAUUGUCUUGGUCUAGCCAGACUUGGUGCUUUUGUUGUUGUCAACGACGUUCGCGAGCCAGAUACUGUUGUGAAUGAGAUUCGAGCUAUUGGCAGCAAAGCUGUCCCAAACAGGACCUCCGUCGAAGAUGGGGCAGCUAUCAUCGAGACCGCGCUCUCUGCCUUUGGCCGUGUGGAUAUUGUUAUAAACAAUGCUGGAAUAUUGAGAGACAAAGCUUUUGCGAAUAUGACGGAGCAGCAAUGGGACCAUGUGCUUAAUGUUCACCUUCAAGGCACUUACAAGGUAACCCACGCCGCCUGGCCUCAUAUGCUAAAACAAAAGUACGGACGUAUCAUCAACACCACCAGUACAAGCGGAAUAUACGGUAAUUUUGGGCAGACAAAUUAUGCUUCGGCCAAAGCAGGUAUUCUUGGGCUGUCGCGUGCGCUUGCGCGCGAGGGUAGGAAAUACAAUGUUCACGUUAACACAAUCGCACCGAAUGCUGGCACCCAGAUGAGUCGCUCAAUAUUCACGGAAGAAGUUGCUCAAGCAUUGAAAACAGACUACGUGGUUCCCCUCGUGCUGCUGCUGUGCUCGGACAAGACACCUUCUCCUUCGACAGGACUCCUUUUUGAAGUUGGUAGCGGCUGGCAAGGACGGACUAGGUGGCAAAGGGCGGGCGGACAGAAAUGGUCUAAGACACACGGGCUAGACCCGGAACAAGUGGCGGAAAGGUGGUCGAAAAUCACGGAUUUCCAAGGCCAAGGGUUAGAGUCUCCGGAAGACAUCGAAACUGGACUCAAGCCCAUUCUUGCUGAUGCUGAACGCAAGAAUAAACUCUAG